CGCCUGAGGCGGCCGCGCGCGCUGAGGAAUGGACCGGUACUUGCUCCUCGCGGUCUGGGGCGAGGGAAAGGCGGCGGCGGCGGCGGCGGGCCCGGGGCGUGGGCCCGAGGCCUCGCGCGUCGAGGGCCCCGGGAGGCCGCCGGGUAGCUCUGCCUCCUGUGUUCCAAGUGCGAGUCAGACGGAAGGCAGCAAGAUGGAAAGGGCUCUUACUCGCCUGGAGUAUUCAUCCUAGCAGGAGGAGGCAUUCCACACGUGGAAUAAGUUAAAAAACAAGCCACAGAUACUUAAGAGCAGCAAAUGUUUAUCAUCUCCUGAAAAGAAGCAUUAGUGCUUCAAUUAGUCCAGAAGAUAGUACUUUCCCUGCCUGUUCAGUGGGCGGUAUACCUGGUUCCAGGAAGUGGUUCUUUGCAGUUCAGGCAAUAUGUGGAUUUUAUCAGUUUUGUAGCUCACACUGGGAAGAGAUACAUUUUGGUGCAGAGAAGGAUGACAUCGAAGAUGUUCUUCAAACAAAUAUGGAAGAAUGUUUGAGUGCUGUUGAGUGUUUUGAGGAAGAAGAUAGCAAUAGCAGGGAAUCAUUAUCCUUGGCUGACCUUUAUGAAGAAUCUGCAGAAAGUUUGCAUCAGUUAUCAGACAAGCUUCCUGCUCCUGGUAGAGCAAUGAUAGAUAUAAUACUGUUGCCUUCUGACAAAGAUCCUCCAAAACUGAGAGACUGUUUGCCUGCUGUAGGAGCAUUAAAACAUUUGAAGGAAUGGUAUUCAGCAAAAAUUACUAUAGCAGGAGAUCAUUGUGAAAUAAAUUAUCAGAAAAUUGCAGAAUACCUUUCUGCUAAUACUGUAUCUUUUGAAGAUCUCAGAAAUGCUAUUGAUUCAAAGGAGCUAUGGAGGGGAAAGAUUCAGAUAUGGGAGAGGAAGUUUGGAAGUGAAAUUAGUUUUCCUGAAUUUUGUUUAAAGGGAGUCACACCUAAGAAUUUUAGUACAUCUAAUUUAAAAACUUGCUUUCUUGACAAAAAGAUAAUACCAUCAAAGGAUAAAGAUAUUUUGCCAAAGGUUUUUCAUUAUUACGGCCCUGCUUUAGAAUUUGUGCAGAUGAUAAAAUUAUCAGAUCUACCCUCCUGCUAUAUGUCGGACAUUGAAUUUGAGUUGGGAUUGACAAAAAACAGUACCAAGCAGACCUCCAGGUUGCUGUUGGAGCAGAUUUCUUCCCUGUGUGGCGAGGCUGGUGCUCUGUUUGUGUUGCCGUGCACCAUUGGUAGCAUACUUACUCCUCCUCCCAGCCAGCUCAGUUCAAGAAGAUGGAAGGAAUAUAUGGCUAGAAAGCCUAGGACAAUCGGUGUUCCAGAUGUUGAAGUGAAAGGAGAGAGUUCUAGCUAUUAUCUCUUGUUACAAGGUAAUGGCAGUGGAAAGUGUAAAGCCACAUUGAUUCACUCAGCCAACCAGAUCAAUGGCUCGUUUGCACUCAGUUUAAUUCACGGAAAGAUGAAAGCAACGACAGAAGAAACCAAAUUGAGCUUUCCUCUUGACCUCUUGUCACUCCCAAGUUUCUCCAGGGAGCAGCUUAUACAGAGAGAGAAACAGCUAGCCGGUGUUCAGGCUUUGGCUGUGAAGGAAUGUCUGAAAAGGAGAAAGUUGGCAAAGCAGCGUGAGGUAAUUUCUGUGGAUGAACUCAAAAGUCUGCUAACGUGCACAAGGGAACGCUUUUUAGAUCAUUUUGAUGCUGUUCUUCCUAAAACAAGUCUAAUAAAGACAGACAAAACGUCCAAUAUGUUACAUGAUAACAGUUCACUGGAGCUUACUUCUUCCCACCUAGUGGAGACCAAUCCUCUGGAGUGGCCAGAAAGGCAUGUCCUUCAAAAUUUGGAAACUUGUGAAAAAGCUAAACAAAAAAUGAGAACUGGUUCAUUACCUCGUUCAUCUGAACAAUUGCUGGGCCACAAAGAGGGUCCACGGGAUUCAGUCACAUUAUUGGAUGCUAAAGAAUUGCUUAAAUUCUUUACCUCAGACGGAUUACCAAUUGGAGAUCUUCAGCCUUUACAGAUUCAAAAAGGGCAGAAGACUUUUGUCCUGACACCAGAACUUAGUCCUCGGAAACUUCGUGGUUUACCUUUUGAAAAAGCUUCAGUAUGUCAUUAUCAUGGAAUUGAGUACUGCUUGGAUGACCGGAAGGCGUUAGAGAGAGAUGGGGGAUUUUCAGAGCUGCAAUCCCGUCUUAUUCGUUAUGAGACCCAGACCACCUGUACCAGGGGUAGUUCUCCGGGACCCACCGUGCUCAGCCCUCUUCCAUCUCCUGCGGUUUUGUCAGAGCCCAUGAGUGUUCCUGACGGAGAAGCUCUGCAAAGGGAGCUCCGGACUGACGUCUCCCGAGUGAAAAGGAGAUCAAAAGAUGUGAACUGCCUUUAUCCCCCCAAAAGACUUGUGAGAUCUGGAAGUUCAGAUUCUCUUCUUUCUCAGACAAGUGGCAGUGGUCACCCUCACCACGCAGUCCCUUCCAGAAAGCUGCGUGCAGAGCGGCCGUUACCUGUGACGUGUCCCUCUGCGCUGAGCAGUGAAACUCCCAGAGCCACUGCCAAGGCCGGCUCAGGUCCAAAAGCUGUGCGUGAAUCGGAAACAGCAAGGCCCUCGAAGGAGUCCCGGUCACAGAAGCACACGCGGAUACUGAAAGAAGUAGUUGCUGAAACCCUGAAGAAGCACGGGAUCACGGAGGCUCACGGGUGCUUCCCUGCUUGCAGCCAGCGUCUCUUUGAGAUCUCCAAGUUCUACCUAAAGGAUCUUAAAACUUCAAGGGGUCUAUUUGAAGAAAUGAAGAAAACAACAAACAACAAUGUUGUGCAGGUAAUUGAAUGGGUGUUAGAAAAAGCAAGCAAGAAAUAACAGAAUCAUUCCCUUUGGAUGAUUAUAAAUUGGAUGGAUCUAUUAUAUACCACUUCCUUCCUUAGUUUGAAAAUUACACAUUUCAAACUUUAUUCAAAGAAUUAAUGUUCUAUUUCUAAGGAAUUUCAUAAAUACCCUGUACUUACAUAGUUUUGAAGUUGCUCAGUUAAUGUAAUUUUAGUUUGUAUACUUAUAGUUUUACUAUAUUUUAAUUUUUAAAGUUAACAUUUUUAUGUAUGUUUAAAAAUUUUACUCUUGGUUAUUUAAUUAUUUCAAUAAAUAGAAAAAGAUAUUUCUUUACUUCUUGGUGAACGUCCUUGUUGUUAGGUGUAUUUAAACUGCUGAGUCUAAAGUAAGACGUUGCCAGUGGCUUUUCUCAUGUGUUACAACAGCUUGAUUCAUUGGGUGACCCUUGGUUUAGAAAACACUGGCAAAAACUUCAUACAACAUUAGUCAUGCUCCCUUACUCCUGCCCUGGAGCAACCACUGUUGGAGCUAUUUAUGUUUAUUUGGGAUGAAAAAAGAGCAAAAAUUGUGAAAAUAAGACAUAGUGAAAAUGACUUAAGUACCUACUCCCAGAAAAAAAAAUGUUUUCCCAUGACAGUAAAUUUGGAAAAUGUGGAAAAUACUAAGGAGGAUGGAAAAAAUUCCAAUACUGUUCUGUCUACAGGUAUUUAAUAUUUUUAAACAUUAUAUUUAUGUUUAAAAUUGCGGUCAUAUGUGUGAUAUGUAUGUAUAUUAAUUUAUAGCCUGCUUUUCACUUAACAAUGUGAUAUAACAAUAUGAUUAAAAUGAUUUUUAUAUCAUAUCAUUAA